AUGAUGUACUUGCACUCUCCUAUGCAUUUGACUGAUGAUGCUGCUGCUGCUAUGGCAGCCAUGUCAGAGGUGCAGGCGCGCGCGAUUUCCCAGGAUGACCGAGGGGACGAGGUGCUUGCUAUACAAAUUGUGAUGAUGGUCUCUGCUGCUGUUGCUGUGGGGUUACGAUUCAUAGCUAGGCGUAUUGGACCGGGAAAGCUAUGGUGGGAUGAUUGGGUAAUUUUGGCGGCUCUGAUACCAUCUCUAUGCGGCAAUAUAACCAACCUUGUGGCAUUGAACUUUGGUCUUGGAAAGCAUGUGGCGGACGUCCCCGGCAACGGCUUGAAGUUCCUUAAGACUGUGGUACCCGUACAGAUGUUGUACAUCCUUGGAGUGGGUCUGGCCAAGGGGAGUGUUCUACUCCUCUAUCAUCGAAUCUUCAGCUUGAAUAGCCGUACUUCUCGCUGGGUAAACAUCGUCGCGGCCAUCAUCAUAGGAUGGUGCAUCACAAUCGAAGUGGUCACGGUCCUUCAAUGCCAGCCCCUAGCAGCAUAUUGGGACACGUCCAUCCAAGGCAAAUGCCUCAACUUUCGCAAGCUCAAUCUCGCGUCAGCAAUCGGUCACAUCAUCACAACUGUACUGUUGAUAUCCCUACCUCAGCCAUUGAUCUGGAGAUUGAACAUGAGUUGGAGGAAGAAGAUCGCUUAUAGCAGUAUUUGUGCCCUAGGAAUAACCACCGCAGUCGCCUCUGGAGGCCGCAUCGUCGCACUAGACAUGGUGCCCCUUCUCGACAUGCGAAGCGAUUUCACCUGGCACGUCGUCCCGGCUCUAAUGUGGUACUCGGCCGAACCCUGCGUCGGAAUCAUCUGCGCCUGCCUCCCCUGCAUUGGCCCCAUCUUCCGCAAAAACCCCUUCUCCUCCUCCGUGACCUGCACUCGAGCUUCAAGUUCCGUUGAUGAUAAUUCUCUGCAACAUAUCCGGACUUCCGAAGCCGAUGAUGCGAGUAUGUUGAGGAGACUGGGCGCUACUUGUGAGGUUUCGAUUUAUACGGCUGCGAGAGAGAAUAUGUCUGGAAGGUUUGAUAAGGAGACGCUGAAUGUGAGUGCGAGGAGACGUGGAGACGGUGAGGGGAGGAUUCACAUUAGGAAUAGUACGCAUAUUAGUUGA